AUGGCCUACACCAACGGAUUCGAACAGUCAAUACCUCACCAGCAGGAAAAGAACCUGCCCGGCGGCGGCAAUUGGGUUGUGCAAAAGUUUGGCGGUACCAGUGUCGGCAAGUUUGCCGUCGACAUUGCCCAAGACAUUGUCAUUGCCAGCCUCAAGGAACACCGCACUGCGAUCGUGUGCUCUGCACGUAGCACCUACACCAAGAGCGAGGGCACCACCAACCGCCUGCUGCGCGCCGCUCGUGAGGCCGAACGCAUUGGCUCGCGCAAAUAUGUCGACAUCGUCGAUGUCAUCCGUGCCGACCAUAUAGUUGUUGCAAAGGACACUAUCUCCUCGGCCGACAUUCUGGAAAAGUACUCGGACUGCGUCAAUGCUGAAUGUGACAGCCUGGUCAAGAUUCUCGAGUCUGCCCAGCACUUGACCGAGGUCAGCAAGCGCACAGAGGAUAAGAUUGUCGCCAAGGGCGAGAAGUUGUCCUGUCUGUACAUGACAGCCGUCCUGCAAGACCGUGGAUGCAAUGCUCAAUACGUCGAUCUAAGCAAUGUCAUUGACUUCCACGUUGGCGAACGUAUCGACGACAGCUUCUACCGCGACCUGGCUGCCUCUCUCGCAAAGGCUGUUCAUGCCUGUGGUGAUGCCGUUCCCGUCAUUACUGGCUACUUUGGCGACGUCCCUGGCGGUCUCCUCACCCAGAUUGGACGUGGAUACACUGACCUCUGCGCCGCCCUGGUUGCUGUCGGCAUUGGAGCCUCGGAGUUGCAGAUCUGGAAGGAAGUUGACGGCAUCUUUACUGCCGACCCUCGCAAGGUGCCCACCGCUCGCCUAUUGCCAUCGGUCACUCCUUCCGAGGCAGCCGAAUUGACCUUCUAUGGAUCUGAAGUCAUUCACCCUUUCACCAUGGACCAGGUCAUCAAGGCCAGCAUUCCUAUUCGUAUCAAGAACGUUAAGAAUCCCCGCAACCAGGGAACUAUGAUCUGGCCUGAUCAAGCCGACGAUCUUGGGGAGAAGAAGCCUUCGCUCUUCCGUAACCGCAGUCUGGUCAGUCUUAGCACCCAUGACGGUCCCAAGCGUCCCACCGCUGUCACCAUCAAGCGCGGUAUUACCGUGCUCAACGUGCACUCCAAGAAGCGUACGCGUGCCCACGGCUUCCUCAUGUCCAUCUUCUCUGUUCUCGACAAGUGGCACUUGUCCGUCGACCUCAUCUCCUCAUCCGAGGUCCAUGUAUCCAUGGCUUUGCACUCUGAGGUGGCCCUGUUGUCCGGCGCUGGCCCUGACUCUGAAGAGAUUCAGAUCGAGUCUGCUGCUCUCAAGGGUGCCGUCGACGACCUCAGUGUCUGGGGUGAUAUCGACCUUGUCCCUGGCCUGGCCGUCAUUAGUCUUGUCGGCCGCCAGCUGCGCAGCAUGGUCGGCAUCAGCGGUCGCUUCUUCAGUGUCCUCGGUGAGAAUGGCAUCAAUAUUGAGAUGAUCUCUCAGGGUGCCAGCGAGAUCAACAUUUCUUGCGUUAUCGAAGAGGCUGAGGCCAACAGAGCUCUCAAUGUGGUUCAUACCAACCUUUUCACUUUCCUCGAUUGA